AACGCGCCCCGAGACUCGGGCAGGUGGCUAAGCGGAAAGAAAAGAAAAAAAACCUAAACAAAAUAAAAUAAAAAUGGCUACGUACGGAGAUGAAGCGCUUGACACCUACGUUUACUCCUCGUACAACCCUUACUCAUACCGAUGCCCGAAGCCCAAGAGCUGGCGGCAGAAAGGCUACCUGAGCGCGUGCGGCGGCGGAGGAGGAGACGGCGGAUACUUCGACAACUACCACCGCGCGCACCUCAAGUCCAUCCUGUCUCAGAUCAACCCAAACCUCACACCGCGCCUGCGCAAAGCUAACACCAAGGACGUGGGCGUGCAGGUGAACCCGCGGGCCGACGCCUCGGUGCAGUGCUCGCUCGGCCCGCGCACGCUGGCGGCGUGCCGGCGGGACGCGGUGCGCAGGCGCAGACCGGACGGCCCGACGCCCGGGAGCCCGGUGAGCCCCGGCGUCCGUUUCCCGCGCACACAAGCUGUGUACUCCCCCAUCGCCACCAGGGGACUCGCAGCUCUCCUCCAGGACCAAGAGGAUGAUGAUCGCAAUAACCAAGAGGAGAUGCAAAAGUGUGGAGAAGGAAAAGACUCAGAGAGCACAAUCAAGGGUGGGGAUGAAGGUGUUGAGACCAAAAACCCAAAAUCCAAACCAAAGCUUAGUCCUGGGGAAAAUGAUGGUGCUGAUGAUGAAGAAGGCAAGCCAGAAGAAGUGGAUGGUGGCACGAAGAGCGAGAAUGAGAAAAGCGGUCAGGAGGACUUCAAGUCCAAGGGGAGAGUGCGCUUUCAGUUUUUGGAGCAGAAGUACGGCUACUACCACUGCAGAGACUGCAACCUUCGCUGGGAGAGCGCCUACGUGUGGUGUGUCCAGGGGACAAACAAGGUUUAUUUCAAGCAGUUUUGCAGAACGUGCCAGAAAGCGUUCAACCCAUACAGGGUAGAGGACAUAACCUGUCAGAGCUGCAAGAAGGCACGCUGUACGUGUCCGGAGACGGCACGCCACGUGGAUCCCAAACGCCCGCACAGACAAGACCUGUGCGGCCGCUGCAAAGGCAAGAGGCUCUCCUGCGACAGCACGUUCAGUUUUAAGUACAUCAUUUAGUGCUUUCUCUGUCCAUCAGUCUAUCCCGAUGGAAGCUCACUGCCGUCAGAACUGAUGCUCGGGCAAGGAGUUUCCCCAACAUUGGCCUCGACCAGGCGAUGACCUCAAUCAGAUUACUUGAAGGAGACCUCGUGACUGUUCUUGAUUUCGUUCAAUUGUGUUGAACAGCAGCGCUCCCAGUGGUGAAAAUAAAUCUAAAUGAACAGCA